AUGAAACAAUACAUUUUGGAUUCAAUUGGUGGACAUCUCGUGGUAUCGACAGCACCGGUAGUAUUGACUACAACACCGAUAUACAUAGACAUUAACAAAGUAAAAGUCACGUCACAUGUGUUGAACUGUUUGGCAAAACUCAAGAAUAUUCAUAGCAUUAGACUCACUGGUGAUGAGGAAUACCUACGAAUGGAUGUCAAGAAUGUGGUGGAAAUGUGUCAUAAAAUUAAUAUGUCGAGGAAUAGGACAACGAGAACGCGGUUAAGAAGCGAUACAACUCUGUGUCAAGUCUUCGGCGGCAAAGACUCUUUGGACCGAUUCGGUGACGAUUUGUGUGAAGUCUUAUUGUCUUUCCUAUCACUCGAAGACCGGUUCCGAUGUGAAUGUGUGUCCAAACAGUGGCAGAGAGUCGUAUACGAGACACAAACGGAUCUCAUAAUUAGUGGCUGCGAUAUAGACCCGAUUCCAGCGAAUAUAAGUCACAAGAGGUUUGAAUUGAUACUCAAAAAGUGUGCAAACAUUACACGCAUUGAAUGCACGGCUUAUGGCUAUGUGUUGACCGACUCUAUGGUGAACUCAAUUGUCAAACACUGCCGUCAUUUGAAUGCAUUUCUGAUGGACUGCUGCACGAGUGUCGACCGCAAGACUAUCGACACGUUGUUCGCGAAGUUUGCAAAACAAUUGAAGACAAUUCGUGUCAUCGAUUACACCGAAAGCGAGACAAUUUGGAAGUCAUUUGUAAGACAUGUGAAGUUUUGCGCGAAUUUGCAUGAAUUGGAUGAUUACCGAAGUCGAAAGAAUAUUCCUAAUGUGGUAUACAUGCGGAUCUUGACCAACAAAAUCACGGCAAAUGUGUUGAAUAGUGUGUCGAAACUCAAGAAUAUUCGUUACGUCGAACUCGACGGCAAUUCCACGUACAGACAAAAGGCUGUCCAGAAUCUCGCGAACAAAUGUCCCAAAUAUCGGUUGAGUACUAUCAUAACGAGUCGAUUGAACCCAAUUGGCGUCAACUGUAAGAAACUCAAGAGACUGGCGCUCAUCGUAGACAUGGAUUCUGGCGGCGAUUAUUGCCUAUUAUUGCAAACAAUUAAUGAAAACUUCAAUCAAUUAAAGCGAUUGGAAGUGAAGAACAUAAGUGACGGAACUUUUCAAUUAACGAGUGAAUCCCUAAACCUUUGCAAUAGAUUAACGCAUUUAACACUGGGUUCCUGGUAUUACACCUGUAGUUUUGUGGACAAUAAGUUCUUUGAGAAUAUCGAUCAGAAUAUUCCUAAUGUGGUAUACAUGCAUAUAAUUACCACAGAAAUCACCGAAAAUGUGUUGAAUAGUAUGUCGAAACUCAAUAAUAUUCGCUCCGUUGAGCUCAGGGGUGAUCGCACUUACAGUCAAAAGGCUGUCCACAAUCUCCCAACAAAUGCGAACAAAUGUCCCAAAAUCUCUAGACUUUGCGUUAAUGGAGGUCUGGUUUUGUGA